UUAUGGGACUUCCACCAAGAAGAUGUCAUGACGCCUUCAGUCUCUUUCCAUGGACCAACUGCCAAUGUCUUUACAGUUGCGUUUUCUGCCCAUAACCGGUACCUCUUCGCUGGAGACACCGAUGACAAGAUAUACAAGUACGAUUUAUCCGAGCUCCCCGGACUAUGCUCCACCAAAUCUGGAUUUACUGAGCCAUGUAUUCGCCAGGAUUCCCUUCGUUCAGUAUCAUGUCAUCCUUGGCAAGACGAGGUAUUCCUGAGCGCUAGUGAAGAUGGGACAGUUGUACUUCAUGACGGUAGAGAUAAUCGAAGUUUGACGAGAGCGGCAGCAACGCUGCUCAAUGAUUCAGAAUUCAGUGACGUUAAAUGGCAUCCUGGCAUGGAACAUAUUUUUGCUACUGGUGAUACAAGAGGAAGGGUUUGCCUCAGGGAUACGCGUAUGGCAUUCGGACCUCUCAGUCAGCGCCACAAAAACGGGAUAGUCUACACGUAUAACACCACCGUUGCGAAAGGCAACCGGUGCAGUCGUCCUGAGGUUGGGAGCAUUGCUUUCGACAGUGAAGGUAAGCGUGAUCUCCUUGCUCUUCCUGGUAAGAGCACCGUACACCUUCCAAACGAAACUCAUGCAUUUUCACAGCACUAUCUCCCAACCAUGUACUCUGUCACGGAUGAGAAUCCUAUUGCUAUCUGUAGUAGCACGGUUACGCCAGAGCAGCAGAGGACAACACCUGAUACUAGGACGUAUGAGAACUCUUGUACGAUCAAGCAUGCAUCUUUCGGAAACAUGGGUACACGGGGCGACAACUAUUAUGCAACCGGUUCAGAUGAUUUCCGUGCAUACGCCUGGAAGAUACCGGAAGUUGUUCAAUUACACCACAUGCGGGAAGAAAUCAAAUUCGAACACUGGGAGAUGCAGAGUGGCGACCAUCCUCCUGCUUUUGCAGAUUAUGCGAGCAAGAAUAUAUACAUCCCAGCUGAGCUCUCAUCGCCGUUCACUAGGCUAUGCGGUCAUAAGUCGAUAGUCAACAGUGCUGUUAUUCACCCUCAGAUGCCGGUUGUUCUCACAGCAGGGAUUGAACGCGACAUAAUACUACACAGUGCCACCUCCACUUCACCGUCUUUCGAGGACCUUGAUGAGACCGAUACAUUCGUGCGUCCGCUA